AUGAAGGAAUUCAGCCUUGCGCAGGUCUCUCAACAUGCGCGGAAAGGCGACCUGUACAUGAUCUAUGGAGACCAGGUCUUUGAUGUUACACGCUUCGUCGAAGAACACCCAGGAGGGGAGGAGGUGAUUAUGGAUUGUGCGGGCAAGGAUGGUACCGAAGCAUUUGACGAGGUUGGCCAUUCAAAUGAAGCCCAUGACCAGCUCAGAGAACUCUUGAUAGGGUCGUUAGACCAAGUGUCUGCCGAUGCCGUUGCGAAGGCUCGACUCAAAAGCAAGGUGAAGGAUAACCCUUCCAGCACCCUCACGCUCUACAGCAUCAUUGUGGCCAUUGUGGCAGCGGCAUUGGCUGCCUACCUCUACUCGGUCGGCAAUGGAACGGCACUUGGAUUGUUGAAACCAUGGAUAGAUCCCGAGGCAGAGGGAUCCGAUGUCCUUCGGAAUAGCUGGCGUGUUUGGAGCGACGCCGGAAAGUAA